AUGGAUCAUCUGGAACGAGAUGCCUCGCAGUCAGAGGAGGUGCGUCAUCUGAUCUACAGGUAUUAUGGCACAUUCAGCUACACCAUCCUGACGAUGUUUGAAGUGAUUUUCGCCAACUGGCCUAUCCCUUGUCGUGUCCUUGUGGAUCAUGUGGAUGAAUGGUACUCGAUUUUCUUUAUCAUUUACCGCUGUGGCGUGGGUUUCUGUGUGCUGAACGUUGUUGGUGCAGUUUUCGUGCAGCAGACUAUGAAACUGGCAGCAGAUGACAACGAUCUCUUCUUGCAGCAGCAGACACGUGCGGCUGAAGCCUACACGAAAAAGAUCAAGGAUGUGUUCACGAAGCUCGAUAUGUCAGGUGAAGGUUACAUUUACAUGGAGGAGUUCGUGGAGAUCCUCAACACCCCAACGAUGUCGCAUUUCAUGGCCAAGCUGGAGCUCGAAUCUACCGAUCUGCUCAGCCUCUUCAAGCUGAUCGAUGUGGACGACAGCGGGCAGGUCUCCCUGGAGGACUUCAUGACCGGCUGCCAGCGGCUAAAGGGGCCUGCCAAGAGUGUCGACUUGGCUUUGCUUCUGGCGCACACAGCACGGCUCAACUGCAAAGUGGACAAUGUCCUCCAGCUGGUCGGUGGAGAG